AUGGCGGCGGUGGCAUCCACAUCCCUGGCCUGUCCACCUAACUUUUCCGGCCUCCGUCGACUUUCCGACACCAAGCUUGAUAACAAUGCCGCCCUGUCCAUGACCACUACUCAAUCUUUUUUCCAACACCUUCGCCGGUCUACUUCUACUUCUACUGCUUCCAGGGCUUCUGUUGUUGCUAUGGCUGGCACAGGGAAGUUCUUUGUUGGUGGAAACUGGAAGUGUAAUGGAACAAAAGACUCCAUUACCAAGCUCGUAGCUGACUUAAACAGUGCAAGCUUGGAGGCUGAUGUUGAUGUUGUUGUGGCACCUCCAUUUAUCUACAUUGAUCAAGUAAAGAACUCAUUAACUGACCGCAUCGAAAUUUCUGCUCAGAACUGUUGGGUAGGAAAAGGUGGAGCUUUCACUGGGGAAAUCAGUGGGGAGCAAUUGAAAGAUAUUGGAUGCAAAUGGGUCGUCCUUGGACAUUCUGAACGUAGACAUGUGAUCGGAGAAAAGGAUGAUUUUAUAGGCAAGAAGGCUGCAUAUGCCUUGAGCCAAGGUCUAGGUGUAAUAGCAUGCAUUGGAGAACUUCUGGAGGAAAGGGAAGCAGGGAAAACUUUUGAUGUCUGUUUUCAGCAAUUGAAGGCUUAUGCAGAUGCUGUACCAAGUUGGGAUGACAUUGUUAUUGCCUAUGAGCCUGUUUGGGCUAUUGGAACAGGUAAAGUAGCCACCCCUCAGCAAGCACAGGAAGUGCAUGUAGCUGUUCGUGAUUGGCUCAGCAAGAAUGUUUCCCCUGAAGUUGCUUCGAAAACAAGAAUUAUUUAUGGAGGCUCUGUAAACGGAAGUAACUGUGCUGACCUUGCUACAAAAGAAGAUAUUGAUGGAUUUCUUGUCGGUGGUGCUUCCUUAAAGGGUCCCGAGUUUGCUACAAUUGUUAACUCUGUAACUGCUAAGAAGGUUGCUGCAUGA